AUGGACCCCAAGGAAAUAAAAUCAACGGUGUCGAACCUUGAAAAGUCGACAGAUGAUGUCACAAUCUUGAAGCUUUUAAAUAUCUUGAACGACGGAGUCGUACCCACAGAGAAGCUCUUGAGAGAGACCAAAGUUGGGGUGGCAGUAAACAAGUUCAGAACCAAUGGAAACAGCGAAAUCAAUUCUUUAGUCAAGAAAAUGAUUAGAAACUGGAGAGACAUCGUCCAAGCCGAAAAAAAGAAGAAAUCUGGAUCUUCUUCAUCCACUCCAAGCGGAGAAUCAGCAAACAGCAGUGGUAGCGCAAGUACAUCGAAUGGACCAACUGGUAAAUUCCACUCUGGUCCAAGAAACCCCAAGAUAGAUGGCAUAAACACAACUUUGUAUGAUAAUGGAACCCGUAAUGCCUCAGUUUCUGCUCUUUAUACCGCUCUUGCAAUUGAAAGGUCUGAAUCUGGUGAGCAUAUCUUGUCCAUUGCUAAGGAAAUUGAAAACGAAGUCUGUAAGGCAGAAUACAUGGCUGUGAACGACAACUAUAGAAAUAAACUCAGAACCUUCACUAUGAACCUUCGAAAUAAGAAAAACCCGGAAUUGAGGGAGAGAUUGUUGAAUAAGAAGAUAUUACCAUCGCAGUUUGUAAAGAUGACCCCCAAUGAAAUGGCGCCAGAGAGUUUGAAGAAAGAGAUUGAAAAAUUGCAUAAGCAAAAUCUUUUCGAUGCUCAGGGUGCCACUGAGAAGAGAGCAGUUACCGAUAGGUUCACUUGCGGUAAAUGUAAGCAUAAGAAGGUGAGUUACUAUCAAAUGCAGACCAGAUCUGCGGAUGAACCGUUAACGACAUUCUGUACCUGUGAAAAUUGUGGUAACAGGUGGAAAUUUUCGUAG